UCUUUCUCCUCCCUCUCUCCUUCCAACCUAACCUCUACCCGUUCUCCUUCUCGCCUCCCUCUAUUUCUCUCCCCUCCUCCACCUUUCCCCUCCCCUCUCUCAUUAGCUGGUAUAUAAGAGCAUUCCAUCCCUCUCCACCUCUCUCACACACAUACAGUGUGUUUGCUGGGAAGGGGAUAGUCCAGGGGAAAAAAGGGAUUACAUUUUUUACCUGCUUGUGAAGGAAUUAUUUUCCUCUCUGGAAUUUCCAUAAAAGAGAUAUUGGAACAACAUCCUAAAGGGAGCUGUAGCCAAAUUCUUACCUAUCAUCAAAACCCAGUGACAUCACUAUUAUCACCUGAUCUGCAACAAAUUUUCCUGCCGUCAACAUCAUCACUUGUCAGUAACAUCAACGACGAACACAUUUGACGUCGUCCAAAGAGACCAUGAGCAGCAAUUAUAUCGUCACUCUCUUAGGCCCGGCACCCUGGGGCUUCAGGCUGCAGGGAGGGAAGGACUUCAACAUGCCCCUAACCAUCUCCAGGCUGACAGAUGGUGGGAAGGCGGCUAAAGGUGGCAUUGGUAUUGGAGACAUGGUUCUGUCUAUUGACGGCAUCGCCACAGAGGGCAUGAACCACCUGGAGGCCCAGAACAAGAUCAAGAGCAGCACUGGCAACCUAAACCUCACCCUGCAGAAGGCCUCCAGUGUUCCUAAACCUCCUCCUGUGGCACCAAAGGAUGACAGAUCAGACAUCAUAAAACCAUUGGCCCUCACCCAUCCCCCUCCACCAUCCCAUCCCCACCCUCACUCCUCCAGCCCCUCCACCAUCCACUACAAUAAGGCCCCCAGACCUUACGGUGGCUGUGCAACUGAGAGCGAAUACCCUCCUUCACAGUCCCCUUUCACUCCCUUCAUCCCAUCCCCAUCCUCUGCCUUCACUCCUGCCUCCUCUCACACCAGUCCUCCUCUUCAUCCUCCUCCACCUCCUGUCUCUUACCCAUCCUCUUCCUCCUCCUCCCCCCCUGUCCUCGUUGCGCCCCAGCCAUCAGUGUAUAACACACCGAUAAACCUCUACUCCACUGAGAACGCAUGUGAGGUGGCCAUGGGGCAGAGGCGGGGCCUUUUGGAGAGUCAGGGUGGAGCCUUGCCUUUGCAGUUUCAUGGAGUUCCCAGGAAACACGUUGUGGACACAGACAUCCAAUUUUACCAUGUGCCCACUCAUGCUGAUGCCAGCAGGAAGCGCAUAAUGGAGGACACAGAGGACUGGCGCCCACGCAGUGGCACCACCCAGUCCAGAUCUUUCAGGAUUCUGGCUCAGAUCACGGGUACCGAGCGUGCUCAAGAUGAGGAAACUGACGCAGCCAAGAACACAAAUUCCUCCACUCUUUCCUCUUCUAGUUGUCUCACUGAGUCUGAGACAAACAGUGGGGAGGUCAGUUUCACAGUCCAAGUCAAUUCUCAUCUAUCUCGUAUAUCAGCACGUCAUCAUGUACUUUCUACCAAACCAGUCAGAAGAGAGCUCCUGUCAAGUCCUCUGGAAUUCCUACCCAAAGCAGCCCCCUGCCCCCUUUCUCUUACCCCCAGUGCCCCCAAACAGCUUACACGAAACACACACGCUGAGCAGCGUAGUCCAGUGCAGGCGAGAACAACUUAUCAGAGCAGUCCUUGGCCUCCUGAGAAGGCAGCAUCUCAGUGCUUAUUGGACGCCCUGCUCAUCACCCCAAUCACUCAAGCUCCACCACUACACUUGAGGAAGAAGAAGAAGCAUCGUAGCGUCAGUGAGCUGCACCUGCCCAAGAACAAGAGGGUGUCUUGGCAUCAGUCUGCCACAGAAGAGGGAGACCCUCUCUUCUCUUCUCCCGUCAAUGCUGUCUAUGUCUUUAGUGAGGAGGCAGAGGAGCCAGAACUCAACAGCCAUGAGUCUGCAGUUGUCAAGACCAUGACCAAAGGACCUGCUGCAAUCCAGGGUCACAGCCCACGGACUAGUUUGAUCACCCCAUCUUUCGGGAUGAAAGGUAAUGGAAGUGCCAGUGUCCCGAGGGGUCCUGUCCCAGCCCGACCUUUACCUCAGCCUCACCCUAAAGAUGAGGACACCCUGGUCCAGAUGGCAGAACACAUCCCUGCUGGGACUCGGGCGCCCAUGUGUGCCCACUGCAACAUGGUCAUCAGAGGGCCAUUUUUGGUAGCAAUGGGGAAAUCAUGGCAUAAGGAGGAGUUUAACUGUGCCCACUGCCGUACAUCCCUGGCAGAUAUAGGCUUUGUGGAAGAACAGAGAUCUGUCUACUGUGAACACUGCUAUGAAGAUUUCUUGGCUCCGACAUGCAGCCGCUGCCAGGCCAAGAUACUGGGGGAGGUGAUAAAUGCCCUCAAACAGACAUGGCAUGUCUACUGCUUUCUGUGUGCUUGCUGUCAGCAGCCAAUCAGAAACAAAACCUUCCAUCUGGAGGAUGGAGAACCAUACUGUGAACAAGACUUCUACAGUGUGUUUGGGACGAGCUGCCAUGGCUGUGAGUUCCCCAUUGAGGCUGGAGACAAGUUCCUGGAGGCCCUUGGUUACACCUGGCAUGAUACCUGCUUCGUCUGCACUGUGUGCUGCACCACUCUGGAAGGCCAGACCUUCUUUUCCAAGAAAGACAAACCUCUUUGCAAGAAACAUGCUCACACACUGAAGAUAUGAAUCUUGGACUUUCUUCACAAUGUUCGAGCCAUACGUUCUCCCUUGGUGGAUGGGGUGGGAGAGCCUCUUAAUAGAUCAUGCAACAAUAAAACUCAAGCAACACUUAUACAAGCAAAGAGGUCAGAAAAAGGGAAACACUGUAACAUGUAAAAGUGAAGUUAUUCUUGUCAGGGGACCCAGACCCAUUGUAAGACAUAAUCUCCAGUACUUUUUGUGAUUUCUAAUACAAGCAGCAACAUACAUUGCAGUAAACCAGUUUACCCUUUUUUCACCAAAACUGACCUCUGAUUUUAAGCUAUUAUUUUUUCAUUGUUUUUUAUACAUUAUUUGCUCAUGCAUAGAAAAGUAGAACAGUUUUACAGCCAAAUGGUGCAGUGUAUGUGUACUAGCACUAGAAAACACAGUCAGACAUUUAAUAAUACAUAGGAUUUUGUGAUCCCAGUCUUUAUUUCUCAAUCCAGAGUUUAAUCUUGAGUUUCCCUAAACCAUGUCAUGUGUUGAGUUCAUCACAUUUUCCAUUGUCAGUGAGUCAGUGUACAAAGAGGCUUGGGUAACCUGUUAAAUCACAUUUAACGCUUGAAAUUAGACAUUACCAGAAAUGUGUGGAAAAUAUAUAUUCAUACCCUUACUAUAUGAAUUCAGAGAGAGGAGUAUAUUGGAAAGUUAUUUUCUAAGCAGGCAUUUCUUUUUUGUUAAUGUUAAUGUUUGUGUAGCUGUAAUCAAUUUUAACAAUCUAAUCCGCAGCUAUUAAGACAAUUUCAAGAGAAUAUUAACCAUCCGAUUACCUGUGUUUAUUAUAUUUUGUUGCUCUUUGCUUUAUCAGAAUCUGCAUUAAAAAAUGUCCGGACUGUGCUUCUACUAGUUGUUUUAAUACAGGUGAGCUGGAUGUCUGGGGUGAUGGUGAAACCUCUUGCCUUUGAUCAGUGCUUAGAAUUAUUUGAACUUUUUCUGCAUUUUUUAAAUGAAUUUUAUGUAUUUUAUUUUUUAUUUGUCAUGUGAAACUUGUAACAUUGGCAAAAAUGUUCCGGUUUCAAAACAAUAAGUAACAUUUAUUAUAUACAACAUUGAGGCACUUGAGAAAGAGAAGUAGACUUGAUUUAAUGGAGGACGGAAUUGGCUCUAAAUAUAAAUUAAAUAAAUAUACAUACAAAAUAGAUAAAUGUAUAACAAAAUAUGAAGCCCAUAUUAUGUAUAUCUAUGUAUUUUGACUUACUAUGAUAGACUGACAUCUUCACAAUUGCAUGUGAAUGCACAUGUUUUUUAUUGUGCCAUAUAGUUUAAUGAAUAAUGUUCAAAUUUUACCUCAUGAUAUAUAUAUAUAUAUAUAUAUAUAUAUGUAUUUUGAAUGUUAUAAUUAUUGCUGGUUGAUUCGGUCCUCCAUAUGCUUCAUAAAAGUGAGUCACUCUUUCUGUCCUGGUCUGCAGAAAAAUUAGGUCAAACAUGGCUACUAUAAUCCUUGUGUAGUAAACUGUAUAUUUUAAUUUGUUUAUAGAGGUGAGAAAUGCCUUAUCUGACAGAUGUAUUUAACUGUUUGGGUGACUGAGUUUUUCCAUUUCAGGGAACUCAGCAGGGAAUGGAUGGGACAGGGUAGUUUCAUGUGACUGUCCACUAACCUUCCCAACAUGUUGUCUUGGAGAUAUUUACUUUUCAUUAUGGCUGAGGGAUACAUGUGGUCUAUUUUGUUUAGUUUUCAAACACCAAAACAAAUGGCAGCAAAACUCACUUAUAUUAAUUUCACAUAAUUAUCAUUAAAGAAAGAAGGGUUUUUACUGUAUGGGACUAAAAGGGGGUGAAGACAGUGUGCAGCAGUAAUCAAACAUGUUAUUAAAAAAAGUAUAAUUGUCACCUACAAAAGUACAGUUGCAACUAUUGAAAUUGAUGUGACUUGUUUAAUAAAUGAUGCGCUUUUAAACCCCGAAGA